UUCCGGUGUGCAUUCAUUCUGGUGUGCAGUUGUUGUUUGGUCUCUCCUACGUAUUUUCCAUCAGGGCAUCUGGUGCAUUGGAUGAGAUGUAUUACAUUUCUGGAGGUAAUUGGGUCUGGGGCUUCAGGGCUGGGUGCCCUCAGCUUCUCCAGGCCUGUGCACUUUCAGCACUAUACGUCUCCUUAGCCUGAGACUUUAACAUUAUCUACAGCCCUAACCAGAAUAGAACGAUGCAUGCUGGUUAUUGGGGACUUUAGGACCAGUGAGUUUGUGCUUGCUCCAGCCCAACAGCUCUCACGGUUUGAGGCUUGGGCAGCAGCUGGUAGUUUCUUUCCCAGGCCACAGCUCCCAGACACCUAGAUUGCUGUGAGAAUCCCAGUGGUCACUUGGACCCCGUGCAGCACCCUGAAGGGCCUAGAACCAGGAGGGAGUUAGGGUACCUGAAGAGGUUAAACUGUCUCCUGGUGUUUGGAGAUUGGCUCAGGACUUUGGGUCUCCUACAACUUGAUGCAAUACAGAGCCAGAUGGACACAGACUGGGGGCUUUUUGCCUUCCUCUGCAGCAGGGGCACAGCCUCUGCCUGGGGUCUCCAGUGCAUUUAACCCCUUGGCAGCAGCAGGGCACUGCCAGGCCUCAUCCCCCAAUGUCACUUGGUGCAGGGCCAGGGGCUCUCAAGUGUCUCGACCUGGCUGCUAUGCUUGUGGCUGGUGUGUGGUGCUAGGAACAAUUCGGACAAAGAUGUGUCUGGGAGGGUUUGGAAGGGCUUGAUCCUGGCUAGAAAAAGGGGCAGGGCUGGAUGUGACCCCCGCAAGCACCCAGCCAACCUGGCUGCACUUUAAAUAUUCUAUGCAUGCAAAUGCUGCAGAGCCCCAGUUUGUUUUCUUAAACUCCUUAUCUCCUGCAUCCUUGCCCAGUGAGGCAAUUGGAAUGGAUUAACUAUCAGCCACCUCUUCUGAUUUAACCUGGGCAAACCUAGACCUUCAAACCCUACUAUCUCGUGUGAGUGAUACCAGUGCAAUAAAACACUGAUGGAGGCUGCUUGUAGUAGCCAGGCUUUUUGUAAACAUCUUUUCCAUUGAAGAAUUACCCAAUUAUUUCUCCUUAGUCCAGAAAUGAGUAAAAACAAGGAGCUGACCUUCUGUAAGGGGAGGUAGCCUGGAGCCUAACAAGGUUGAGAGCCACCUUGGACUAACUGGCUGAGAGCGCUGUGUGCUAUAUCCCUACAUUUGGCAACUUGCUGAGCUAACUGGAUCAGGGGCCAAGAAGGCAACAACUGACUUCAUCAGAUGCUAGAGGUGAGGGGGCAGCUUCCCUCUUACCACAAGCUCCUUGAUAAGAUCUCGGGAAACAAGUGAUUAGCUUUGAUCCUGCCAGCUGCCAUGGCGGGGACAGGCAUACAACAACAUUGCUCUGGUACUUAUCUCAUGUCUUCUGCAAAGAGCUGGCCUCCUUGGGAACACCUAUACCAGCCCUGGCAUGUCCUGUUCAUAGUGGGACCUUGUCUCAAUGGGGUUUUUUUGGUCUGAAUUUCAGUAGAGGUGGGGGUUCUCUUUCCUUCCUCCUGCUCAGGACUUAAAUGCUGCUGCUAUAGAACUGCCUUCAUCCCCCGGCUCCCUUCCUACACCUCUGGAAAUAGCACCUGGAUCCCAGAGGACUGUGGAGGAGGGGGAGGGUGGCACUUAGGAUGCUCAUGGGAAACUGAAGGAAAACAGGCAAUGGGGCUCUUUGGUGGGGUUGGACUGGGGUGGGUGGUUAUCAUAGAGCCAUGGGGCUAGAAGGGACCUGUGGAGGUCACAUGGAGUCCAACCCCCUGAUCAGCCCUGAUCCCAGAUAGAGGCUGUGCCCCUGCUGCAGAGGAAGGCAAAAGCCCUGCAGCCCAUACCAAUCUGACCAGGGGGUCAAAUUCCUUCCUGGCCCUAAUGCAGUAUCUGUUUGAGCCUGAGUGGAGGGGUAAGACCCUCAAGCCAAGACCCUCCAGCUUUGGUCCUAGCAGGAGCAUUUGUACACCCCAGGCCCCAUCCCCAGCCUGGGCUGCAGCCAAACACCCAGUGCCUCUGAGAAAGGCUUUAAAAAGGACAAAGAUGAUACACGAGAUGUAGUGCAUGAGAUAUGGCUGCACUCACUGGCAUAAAAACAGCCCUUAAUAGUUAAUCUGUGCUUUCCAUCUGCUUUCACUUUCACUGGGAGACCUUGGGGGGGGGGGCAGCAAGCCCAGGUGGUAUCCCACUUUCUGCUGGCUAUGCUGCUUGCUCUGAACCCACCACAGUUGCCACCUAAGAGGCUUCCUGGCCCCAUCACUUAUACCUGGAGCCCUUAUGUGGAAGUUCCAGCCCCCUUGGAGGGGUUUGAGCUUGACGGGGGAGGCUGUGGCAGAGUAUUGGAAAUCCCCAGUCUGCAGCCCAGGAGGCAUCACUGCCUGCGUGCUGGAGGAGGGAGCAAAGGCUCACGCCCACACAGGGGCUGCUAUAAGAAGCAACAGGGCUCACGUGGGGCCAGCACAACACAGGUGCCAGCUCUGUUCCUCACCAGGUGUGGAGAAAGUGAAAACAGCUGUGAUGGGAUCCUGCAAAAGCUCUCUGAAUGGUAAGGAGACGGGGAGCUCUCUGGUGCCAGGGUCACAGCAUGUUGGACUUGGUGCCACCUGCACAUGCUUGCUGCAGCAUGGCCUGGACAAGCUCAGGGAGGCAUCACAGCCCCUCUGCUUCCACCCUACCACCAAGGGCUUCCAGAUCCAGCUGGAUGCAGCACACCGCACAGCGAGCAGGGCUGACACCUUCUGUGAUGGCAUCGUCUUCAGCAACCGGCCUGUGCAGCUGGGCGAGAAGGUGGUGCUGCGGGUGCUGCGCACGCAGCCCCGCUGGGACGGGGGGCUCCGGGUUGGCUUCACUAGCCUGGACCCCUCGCAAAUGAUCCCUAAGCACCUGCCCCGCUUUGCCUGCCCAUCUCUGGUGCUGCAGGGGCGGACAUGGGCAUCCCUUCUGCCAAAUGCCUGUGAGGAGCAAGGCACCAUUGUCCGCUUCUGGCUGGACCACAGGGGCCGAGUCUUCUUUGGCAUCAACAACGAGCACCACAGGUUACUCCUCAAAGGCGUGCCAGUUCAGGGCCCGCUCUGGGCUGUCAUCGAUGUUUAUGGCCAGACCAAGGCUGUCCAGCUGCUGGAUCAGUAUGGAGACCUCCAGGAGCUCCCCCCUGAGCUGCCCUGUUCCUUCUUCCUGGAUGAGCCAGCACACAGGGAUCGCUGCCACCUGCCCAGGCCCAGCAUGGAGAAGUGCACCAUCUGCUACGCACAUGUGGCCAACACUCUGCUGUAUCCCUGUGGCCAUACUGACUGCUGCCACUGCUGCGUCCGGAGAAUGCUAGCCACUGACAACCGGUGUCCCAUCUGCCGGCGAGACAUCAAGGAUGUGGUGAGGGUUAGCCUGUGGAGGACAGACCUGCAGGCCCCAAUCCUCUGAGGGUUUUGAGAGUGCCUGGGAGACCCCUGAAGAGGCCAUGCUUGGUGCUGAUGGGGAUGCAGUGACAUCAUAUCAGCUCUGAUGAACCCAAAGGCUGGGUCUGAGAUGGCCCCAGUGUCUGUGCCCAGCUGAGAGGGAGCAAUGCUCCCUGGUACAGAACCAGCCAUGGACUGAGGGCUGAUAGGCAUGUGGAGAUGUCCAGUAUGCAAAGAAGCAUCAAUUUAUGCAAAUGUACAUGUAUUUAUGCAUCUGUAGAUAUAUUAGGGUGCUCUUAAGUGUGAUAGAUAUGUAAAGGGCAUGAGUAUGGUAUGGUAUUACAGUAUUAUGAUAACAUAACUGUAACUACUGUAUUGUUUCAUAUACAAUGUGCAUCCUUUUCCCUAGUAGGGAGGGAUGAUAAUCAUGCUAGCAUGAUUAAUGAGGUUAAUAAACCUCCUGGGCAGUUUCUAUAAAAGGGCAAGUCUUUUCCCCUCUUCAUUCUCCCCUUCCAGCAGAAGGUGCCUGUGUUGUUUUUUUUUUUGGAGAGGGUGAAUAUGUGAAGAGGAUGUAAAGAGGAAAUGUUUUAAAUAUGUAAAUAUGCGACAGCUUGUAAAUGUGUCACAAUGGUGUAAUCAGUGUGUGCUAUAAAUUCUAUAAAUAUGCUGCCUAAUAAAUGUAUAUGCUUAUGCAUCUCAUUAAUAUGCAACUAUGGCACAAGUAUGAGGGGUUGUUCCUGCCUGGGCUUUCCAGGGGGCAGCUGUUUCUCCAAACCCUGUUGCUUCUUAUGGAUCUGGGACUUGUGGGACAGGUGCCAUCAGCUUUUCAGGGCCCAGGCAUGUGUGUGUGAUCGGUCAGAUCCUUCUCAGCUCAAAGCCUAACUGACACAACUGACAGGCUUAGCAUUGGCAGAUAUACAAGCUGGACCAUUUAGUGCAGGGUCCUUCCAAGUCCCUACUUCUUCCAGCUGUGUUCACACGGGAGUCUUUAAUUACUGGAAACCUUGAUGAUGGUACUGGGUCAAGCUGAUACAGGUAAGCCAAAAUAAUUGCAAGUAUACAGCAGAGAGGUCUCUGCCAAGAUGGCCCAGAGGCCAGUCAGAAGAGCCGGUGGCUCAGCUCAGAUAACCAGCAGAUUUCACUUGAUGGGAAAUAAUUUAUUUAGGGGCGGAGCCAGGAGGUAAGAAACACCCAGGGAACUACCUACUGUAUUUACCUGAAGCCAAGACACCCCUGAAUAUAAGACAACCCCCCCUUCCCUGAUUAUUAGAACCUUAAAUUACAUUCUUAUUAUUUUCUGGGGAAGGGUGGUAUGGAAAACCAACCCUGAGAGACCCUGGUCCUUAUAAACCCAUGUGCCUAAUGCCCCUAGACAGGUGCCCCAACACCUUUAACCUCCUGGGUCCUGAAUCUCUAGCACAUGCAAGUUCCUUGUAUUUCACCUUUCCAUUGCCAGGGGGAGCUCUCAGGCUGGCAAUGCCCAGGGGCUGCAGGGAUGCAGGCGGGAGGGUCUGUACCUGCAAGGACACCUGAAGCACCUGAUAGCAUUUCAGGAUGUGCUAAUCCUGCAAGGCUGUUCAGAGACACCCUUACCUUUCAAAAUACCGCCCUCCCCCAGCCCCUUGUGGUUCUCUUAACCCUAUUGACUUUUUGCCCCACUGCAGGGAAGCCUGAUACAGCUCCGGAGGCCAAACCUCUCACCAGAAAUCCCAUUGCUGCUGCUUUAUUUCAAGGUGUCACUGUGUUCGCUUCUUGCCUUGGAUUUGUUGCUCAUGUGCAAAGCUUCUAAUGCUGGCUGAGCCGCAUUCAUGGCAAAAAUCAAGCCAUCCCUUGGAAAGAGAGCCAACUCUCCACAUAACAGGGCUUCAAAAUGGAAAUGAUCAAGGCUUUUAUUUUAAAGGCCUUCCACAGUGAAAUGGAUUUCCUCAGAUGACUCGGAGUUUCUCAAAGCAGCAGAAAUCAAACUGGGAGUAAAAGGAAGGUGCGGGGCAGCAUAGGACCCCUACUGAACAAGAAGGAGCAAUGCGUGACAAAGCUGAGCUACUCAAUGAGUUUUUUUUGCCUUGGUGUUCCUGAACAGGGCUCAAGAUAAGUCUCCUAAUGGGUUCUUAAAU